AAGUCAGCAGGAGAGGAUGUCCUCUUUCCUUGCAUACGAGCCGAGUGAAUGAGGGGCUUCAGAGCAAAUGUCACCAACUGUUUGGGGGCUUAGACAAAGAGUGUGGUGCAGAAGUGAAGGCUUGCAACAGUGUGCAAGAUGGAGAUGCACAUGAGAGAGUCGAACGACAGGGAAUGAUCGUGGAGUCUUUUGUAUUCAGGAUCAGGUAACGUGUGAACUUGAGCUGUCUUACCUAUGAUAGGAGUCAGUGCAUUGCAGAUUGAGAUUGGGACGGAUCAGGACAAAGGAUGAAGGGGCCGCAUUGAAGUGAGCUGCGGACAAGAUCUGCUCCAGAUUCGAAAAACAUAUUUAUUUUCAGUCGUGCUUUACAGCAUGACAGAUCAAGACUUUUCCCUUUUGUUGUGUGUUUUGUUCAUUGGUUUGUUCAUUGGUGUCAAACAAGGUUGUUCGAACUCGUUGUCUGGUGCCAUGCUUCCACAUUCUAAGGAAUUGGAUACGAGUCGUAGCUCAUCUGCCCUCCACCCGUGCACCACUGCUGGGCCCGUUCUCCCAGCCAAUUACAGCAUCAGGGGCUGCACGUUGCUACAUACAGGGGGCACUUGAUUUGCUAUGCUAGGGCAUGAGCAAGGAGCAGGCCCCACUGGUGGUAGGCUCAUGGUAUGAAAGCAUGAAGCUGGCCUUUUGCACCACUAGUUUCAUGCUUUCAAAACAUGCACAUGGAAACAGUGGGGCCUGUGCGUAAUUGGGCUCUCCGACUUCUAUGCCAUGGGAGGAGGUUGUCAUCAGGAAAAAAGAGGAGAAGUAAGGCUGGUUCUCUUUGAUUGGCACCAAUGGCUCUUUCUUUGGUUGGCAAUCUGAAGGUAUUCGAUGUUUCAAAAUUUUAAUAAAGUUCAGCUCUUGCCACGAGUUGACGAGGUGGGUCGUCGUUCUCUCUCUUGCAGAGAGAGACCACCACCCUCCUUCUAGUAAACAAGGUGGCAGCUGGUUGGCAGGAAGCCCUGGUCGUCUUGGCACACACGGGAUGGAAAUGCAACCAGGGACGGUGGUUGAAUGAAGGCUGUCCCUUCUCUUGUAGAGAGGGACUACCAUCUUUCCACAUAAGAGGCUGGGUCUUAUCUUUGGGCCUUAUGACAUGUGGUCAACAGGUGCGGGAGAGAUGCUGGAGCCAAGUCUGCACAGCUGUUUGUGGAAGUAAUUAUUCGUACAAACAGUCCAUAAUGGGUCCAGCUGCGCAGAAUGGAAGUUUAGGGAGGGUGGCAAGUGUCUAGAUAUGAGAAGUCAUUCUUUCUUCCAAGUGUUGACAGAAGGUUGGCUGCCUCGACAGAGAGAGGCCAGGUCUUCCUUUGAGAUACAGAGCGAGGUUGGGUUCAAGGACUGUAUUUGAACCGGGGCUGUGGGAAGUGGGAAGUGCCUUUUUCCGCUGUUGGGGAAGGUAAGGGGGACACGUGGCAGUGGCUGAUAAGCAGCACAGUUAUUGAGCUCUUUUGGCCACAAGCCAGCAAGGAAGGAAGCAGUUGUACACCGUUGAAGUAUGUCUGCUGCGCGACGAAGCAGCAAGUGCAUGUUGAAGUUUGCACAGCAGCAAAAGCCGGACUCACCGGUCUUCGACCAGGAUAUGCCCUGAUGUGACCCGUUUCAGGGGCCUGGACGCUGCAGGAGGGCAAGACUAUCACCUGAAGGUGGCGGCGACAGAUUGACAGUGUGAUGGAAUUUCGCACCAAGUGAUGUAGUAGGGGCACCUGCCCUCUCAACGAAGGGUCAGACGAGUCGCAGGUGGUGAGAUUUCUUUGAAGAGUCAGUCCACUAAGAGCUGAUCAGUGCGGAGUCUUUUGCUUUGCGCAAUUCCUUACCGCUCGACAAGAGGUUUUAUGCAGUAGGAGGGUGUCUCACGAACACAGCAUCCAGCGAAAUGCAAGCGCAGCUCCAUAGGAGGAGGCAGCUUUGCUGGGUGUUUAAACGCCUGGCAGCCGCUGAGCACUCUUGGGAAAUACCCCUUUCUGUUUCUAUGACCUGUUACUCUGUGUUAGGUAUCUCCUUGCAGGCCAUCUCUUUAGCAGACAAAGGUUAAAGGUCUGUCGGAGGAUGAGGAUGGAGCUUUGCUGGGUGUUCGAGAGCCUGGCAGCUGCUGAGCACUCUUCGGAAUACCCCUUUUCCGUCUCUGUGACCUGUCACUCUGUGUUAGGCAUCUCCUUGCAGGCCAUCUCUAUGGCAGACAGAGGUUGAAGGCGUAGUAGCCACCGGAGGUUGAAGGCCGAGUAGCCACCGAGCUCGUGGAGCUUUGCUGGGUGUUCGAGAGCCUGGCAGCUGCUGAGCAAUCUUCGGAAUACCCCUUUUCCGUUUCUGUGGCCUGUCACUCUGUGUUAGGCAUCUCCUUGCGGGCCAGCUCUAUGGCAGACAGAGGUUGAAGGCCUAGUAGCCACCGAGCUCGUGGCGCUCUCUUUGUCGUAUUACUACCUGAUGUUCUGUGACUGCUCGCAGGGCAGCUUUUUUAACCGUGGUCACUGGUCACUCAUUUUGGUUAGCUGGCCGUUUAUUGUACGUCAUCGUUUUUUUCCUUUCUUCUUUUCUUUCCGUCCACGGGGCUGUCUCUUCUUUCUAAGUUUCUUGUGACUCGAAUUCUUCGAGUUCCUUUUGCUAUCAAGGUCAUAUUUGAGAAUAGGGGAAUUAAAGAAAGUUGCCAUCCUCAGCAACCCUUUGGCACCCUGUGGACUCUCGACUAGAGAAUCAUAAAGAUUGCUUCGCGUGGCGCGAACAUCGCAAAGGCCUGCACUGGCAUGAGGUUAGUUUGACUCUCCUAUCACUCUUUUUCUCUGACUGAUUCAAAUUUGUUGGCUGCUUGGCAGAUUGAAAUUUGCACAACCCUUGAGGAGGUGUGCUGCAGAGUGCGACUAGGUGCUCCCUUCCUCCCGUUGACGGUCCCAAUGUCACGACCGAGUGAAAGAAGAUAUGGUCAUCAGAGCACUCGUGUCGGUAAGUACAGGUGUGAUCCCGCUAGGUGCAGAAGCUUCAUCUGAUGGCCUUUUUUUUUUGCCUAACGUUCCCACUGCGCGACUUCGAUACUUUAUGGUGGAAGGUUAUGUACCUGUUUUGGCUGGGAAACGUGUGCAGAAAAAAACUGAGGGGACUAAUCAUGUAAUACGAAUACGGUGGCGCUCUGUCGGUCAGGGGAGACUAUCAAGCAGCAGCAAUACUCGAUAAGUUCAGCGCCUCGAGAAAGCAGGUAGGGACCCAUGGUCACAGAGUCCAUCCAGUCUUGCAGUAGCGCGAGCCGCGUGAGUCCAGUCUUAAAGGGUUUUUUCAACUUUUCUUUGUAUCUGGAUUCGAACUUGGGUCUGUAUUUCAACAGGCUUGUUUGUGAAAACUCGAACUUUUGAUUGUUUGCAAAUGUGAUGUUUGUUUACUGCGAGAUGCGCACGCUUUCGGUGAGGGGGAAGCCCUUGCCUCAAGAGAGGGUGCAUGCUGGAGUGGCUGUGCGCGAGUGGCUGUGCGCGAGCGACUCUCUACAGGUAGCUUCGAGGGUGCUGUUUGCGAUGUGCAACAGCCAAGAAGAAAGUGUGAUUAUGGGUGUCCUGUGCCAUUCUGGGUGUCCUGCGCCUCUGCGCUCCACAGUAAUGGGCUGGUAAACAGCGGCUUGCGAGUCUGUGCUCAACUGUGAUGGGCUGGAAAAGCGCAGUAUCCAGCAAUGCAUUUGGAGCUGUUUGCGUCAUGCAAUAGCUGAGAAGAAGUGUGGUUAUGGGUGUCCUGCACCUCUCCACAUAACGGUGACGAGCGGGUAACGUGCGGCUUGCGACUCUCCGCUGAACGGUCAUGGGGCUGGUAAAGUGCGGUAUACAGGAAUGUAGUUGGGAGGAGUGGUCGAUUACUGAUGCUCUGUUCGUGUGCGUCCGUUGUGCGGGAUGACUUACACUAUUACAGGAGAACUGUGGGCGAGUAAUUUGCGGUAAAGGUAUUCUUCUCUUGCUCUUGACACUAUACUUCUUCAGAAUGGGGAUCUACUUAGUGAGUUUACUAUACAUGGCGCGGAAUAUAAAUGGGGAUGUGGGGUGGUGAUCAGACUGCGAUAACCAAACGUCAUUCCUCCCCUGCGGCGACUGUGGGGAGCAGGAAUUGAGGAGAGAAGGCAAUUCCGAUAUCUGAAUUCAGAGACGAAAGGACUUUGUGGUGGGUUGGGGUGGCUGAUUUUGGGCUAUUCGGCCUUUGUAAGGGCAUUACGAUUUGCAUUUUAACUUCAAAAUUUGGAUGCUAUUACCGUGUGUUAGUGUGCAGGUCGUUGCCCAGCCAUGUCGUGCGCAGAUGUUCAUACUGGAUGAUGAUGGCCCGCAGUUUGGCGCACAGCUCGUUGGAUGGUUGAUUGUGAGAUUUGCAUUACGCU